AUGGUCCGGGGACAAUUCCAUGGAGAUCUGAGCAUUGAAGUGAAUGAUCAUAAAGAGUUCUUGAGACUCCUUCUCAUCGUCUACUACUUGGUCGAUCCUGUUGCAUGUCCGAGAGAUUUGGAGCUUUUGUAUAUGCCUGUUUUUACUGAUAAAGACGCUAUCACUGAGGAGAUGAAUGAGUGCUUCAGAUUGGCUGGUCUUGAGGAGAUUUCUUACGAGCAACUCUCUCGUACUUGA